CUUAGACUCAGUGCAGUGAUAAGGGGAUGGGGGGAGGAAGCAGGACCUGGCAUCAAAGCCUUCCCAGCUGCUGCUCCUAGGGCGAGGACACCAGGACACUGACUAUGCUCUGGCCUCUCUCCCCAGCUCCCUGUCUGGGCCCACAGCCAUGGCCACGGUAGCGGCUCAGAAGUUCAGCCAUCUCCUGCCUAGCUUGCGGCACGUUCGCCAGGAGUCUCAGCCAUCUAUGCAGCCAGAGCCUGUCUUCACGGUGGACCGAGCCAAGGUGCCGCCCCUCUUUUGGAAGCCAUACAUCUAUGUGGGCUACCGGCCGCUGCACCAGACCUGGCGCUUCUACUUCUGCACUCUGUUCCAGCAGCACAACGAAGCGGUGAACGUGUGGACCCACCUGCUGGCGGCCCUGGUGAUGCUGCUGCGGCUGGCCAUCUUUGUGGGUACCGUGGACUUCUGGGGAGACCCGCAUGCCCUGCCGCUCUUCAUCAUCGCCUUUGCCUCCUUCACCUACCUCUCCCUCAGUGCCUUGGCUCACCUCCUGAACGCCAAAUCUGAGUUCUGGCAUUACAGCUUCUUCUUCCUGGACUACGUGGGUGUGGCCAUGUACCAGUUUGGCAGUGCCUUGGCUCACUUCUACUACGCCAUCGAGCCCGCCUGGCAUGCCCAGGUGCAGGCCAUUUUCCUGCCCAUGGCUGCCCUUCUCGCCUGGCUUUCCUGCACUGGUUCCUGCUACAACAAAUACAGCCAGAAUCCGGGACUGCUGGGCCGCACUUGCCAGGAGGUGCCCUCGGCGCUGGCCUACGCACUGGACAUCAGCCCUGUGGUGCACCGCAUCUUGGUGUCCCCUGAUCCUGCCUUGGACGACCCUGCUCUUCUCUACCACAAGUGCCAGGUGGUCUUCUUCCUGCUGGCUGCCGCUUUCUUCUCGGCCUGCAUACCUGAGCGCUGGUUCCCAGGCAGCUGCCACAUAUUUGGGCAGGGCCACCAACUCUUCCACGUCUUCUUGGUGAUGUGCACAUUGUCUCAGCUGGAGGCCGUGGCGCUGGACUAUGAGGCCCGGCGGCCCAUCUAUGAGCACCUGCACACCCGCUGGCCCCACAACUUCUCCGGCCUCUUCCUGCUCACUGUCGGCAGCAGUGUCCUCACCGCGUUCCUCCUGAGCCAGCUGGUGCGCCACAAACUCGAGCAGAAGGCCAAGUGAAGGGGGGUGGCAGCUGCUAGGGAGGGAGGUGUAGGGGCUCAGGGGUCCGAACUUGGCUCCAGACGGGAACAAGGACUGGUAAAGUCAUUUGUGUCUGGCC